ACCACAAGGACUUGGUCCCUCCCAGUUCUCUGCCUAUGGGUCUGGCCCAGACUCCACUGCCCAGACCAGGCUGGUGCUAAAAGGUUGUCCAUGACCUCAGAGGCCUCUUCCAGAAGCCGCCAUGCCAGGAUCGGAAUGCCACGGAGGCUGGCCCGGGAGGAGGACAGCACCAUCCUGAUCGACAUGGUCCCCAGUGCCAAGAACGAGGACUCAUACGGGAGCACAGCCAGCACCUCACGGCUGAAUGGACACCAGGAGGCCGCCCGCAGGGUGGGGAGCCCUUCCAAGCCCCAAGUAGACUUUGUCCUUGUUUGGGAGGAAGACCUGAAGCUGGGUGAGCAACAGGACAGCACCACCAGGGACAAGACACAUGCAGCCUGGAGGGAGACCUUUCUGGAGAACCUCCAUGCAGCUGGGCUGUGCGUGGACCAGCGUACCAUGCAGGACGGGCCAGGCACUGUGCAUUACAUCCUCCUCAGCGCCCCCUGGGCCGUGCUCUGCUACUACGCAGAGGACCUGCGCCUCAAGCUGCCCCUGCAGGAGCUGCCCAACCAGGCCUCCAACUGGUCAGCGGGCCUGCUGGCGUGGCUGGGCAUCCCCAACAUCCUGCAGGAGGACGUGCCUGGUGUGCCCCCCGAGUACUACUCCUGCCAGUUCAAAGUGAGCAAGCUCUCAAGGUUCCUUGGGAGUGACAACCAGGACACCUUCUUCACCAGCACCAAGAGGCACCAAAUUCUGUUUGCCAUCCUGGCCAAGACCCCAUAUGGCCAUGAGAAGAAAGGCCUGUUUGGGAUUGACCAGCUACUGGCAGAGGGCGUCUUCACCGCGGCCUUCCCCCUGCAUGAUGGCCCAUUUAGGAACCCCCCGGAGAGCACACAGGCUGCAGGCCUCACCCAGAGGCAGAUCCUGUUCCAGUACUGGGCUCGCUGGCACAAGUGGUACAAGUGCCAGCCUCUGGACCACGUGCGCAGCUACUUCGGGGAGAAGGUGGCCCUCUACUUCGCCUGGCUAGGGUUCUACACGGGCUGGCUCCUGCCAGCAGCGGCAGUGGGCACUCUGGUGUUCCUGGUGGGCUGCUUCAUGGUGUUCUCAGAUGUGCCCACGCAGGAGCUGUGCAGUAGCGCGGAUAAUUUUGAGAUGUGCCCGCUCUGCCUCGACUGCCCAUUCUGGCUGCUGUCCAGCACCUGCAGCCUGGUCCAGGCCGGCCGGCUCUUCGACCACGGAGGCACCGUCUUCUUCAGCAUGUUCAUGGCGCUGUGGGCUGUGCUGCUCCUGGAGCACUGGAAACGCACGAGCGCCACGCUGGCCUACCGCUGGGGCUGCUCUGACUACGAAGACAUCGAGGAGAGGCCUAGGCCCCAGUUUGCUGCCUCGGCCCCCAUGACGGCCCUGAACCCCAUCACUGGGGAGGAGGAGCCCUACUUCCCGGAGAGGAGCCGCCUGCGCCGAGUGCUGGCGGGAUCUGUGGUGGUGGUGAUGAUGGUGGCUGUGGUCGUCAUGUGCCUCGUGUCCAUCAUCCUGUACCGGGCCAUCAUGGCCAUCCUCAUGUCCCGGUUGGACAACACCAUCCUCGCAGCUUGGGCCUCACGCAUUGCCAGCUUCACAGGGUCCGUGGUGAACCUGGUCUUCAUCCUCAUCCUCUCCAAGAUCUACGUGGCCCUGGCCCACAUUCUGACGAGAUGGGGCCCCUCCCCCUGUGCCCUAGAAAUGCACCGCACCCAGACCAAGUUUGAGGAUGCCUUCACCCUCAAGGUGUUCAUCUUCCAGUUUGUCAACUUCUACUCCUCUCCCAUCUACAUCGCCUUCUUCAAGGGCAGGUUUGUGGGAUACCCGGGCAACUAUCACACCUUGUUUGGGGUCCGCAAUGAGGAGUGUGCAGCGGGAGGCUGCCUCAUCGAGCUGGCGCAGGAGCUUCUGGUUAUCAUGGCGGGAAAGCAAAUCAUCAACAACGUGCAGGAGAUCCUUGUCCCGAAGCUACAGAGCUGGUGGCAGAAGUUCCGGCUGCGUUCCAAGAAGAGGAAGGCCGGGUCUCUGGAGGCGGCUGGCCAGGAACCCUGGGAGGCUGACUACGAGCUUCUGCCCUGUGAAGGCCUGUUUCAAGAGUACCUGGAAAUGGUGCUACAGUUCGGCUUCGUCACCAUCUUCGUGGCCGCGUGCCCGCUCGCGCCCCUCUUCGCGCUGCUCAACAACUGGGUGGAGAUCCGCCUGGAUGCGCGCAAGUUCGUCUGCCAGCACCGGCGCCCGGUGGCCGAGCGCGCGCAGGACAUUGGCAUCUGGUCCCACAUCCUGGCGGGCAUCGCGCACCUGGCGGUGGUCAGCAACGCCUUCCUGCUGGCCUUCACGUCCGACUUCCUGCCGCGUGCCUACUACCGGGGGACCCGCAAGGGCGACCUCCACGGCUACGUCAACUUCACGCUGGCGCGCGCCCCGCCCACCUUCGCAGCCGCGCACAACCGCACAUGCAGGUACCAGGCUUUCAGGGAAGAUGAUGGGCAGUAUUCUCCGACCUACUGGAAUCUUCUGGCCAUCCGCCUGGCUUUCGUCAUUGUGUUUGAGCAUGUGGUGUUCUCCAUUAGCCGGGUCCUUGACCUCCUGAUACCCGACAUUCCCGAGUCUGUGGAGGUCAAGGUGAAGCGGGAGUACUACCUGGCCAAGCAGGCACUGGCUGAGAAUGAGGCUCUCUCUGGAACAGAUGGAGCAAAGGACAACAGCUUCCUGGGCUCGGAGAAGAGUCUGGGCUCACAGCUUACAACGCCAGGAGUCGGCCAGGCCUCACCAGUCUCUUCUCUCUGAGGUCACGGGGUCACCUCAAGUCGGUAGCCGCAGCUGGAGGGCAGGGACUCCCGAGGCCCCAGAGCUAUCACAGGCUCGAUGCCCUGAGAGGCCACAGCUCACCUCCUGCCCCUUCUUGGCCCCAAGUGCUGUGACCUCGGUGACCCUGGGUCUCUGCUCAGGCACCUUACCUCCCAGGUGCUGGCUGGGGGCCCUCAAGGCCAGCUGACUGCAGCAAUAGCUGGAGCUGCUCCCUGGCCUCUCCCUCCCUCCCGGCCCCAGGGCAGGUAGCUCCACACCAGCUGUGCUGGCCCGCCUCACCCCUGCUCAGGGCCUACUGCCUGCUUCCCUCCCAGCGCCUUGCCUCUCUGCUCUCAGGGCACUGCUGACCCAUCUCCCACAUGCCAGCUGGGAGAAUCACACCAGAGACUAGAACUAUCUAUGCAUCUCCAGUUACCACUUAAGAGCAUGCUGAAGACAUCCCUGGUUCCACAGGACCGAGAGAAGACAUGCUGCAUGACAA